AUGCUCGGCGCCAUUUCGCAGAGAAGGGGCCAUCAAGCAGUACUGAUCAGCCGGUUGGGUGGCAGUGCGCUGCGCUCGCCAAGCAGUGACAGGCCCAUGUCAGCGACAUACAACAGCGGGGCAGCGGGCAUCAACCUUGCUGGAGGCGUGGGGCACACAGAUGCCCGCUCAGCUCGCCCUUCGCUCGCCAAAUCCAUGCGGCGAUCUACUGGAUCGGGGUCGACGCCCGAGCAACAACGCCGCACCUACCGGCUUCUUCCCACGCAAACAGUGGCAAUCGCAGAAUCUGCCAUCAACUUCUCUGGGUCACCUCAUCUUUUAUUCGAUGGGUCUGUCAUCACGUCGGCGACUGAGGCUGGUGGAGCGUGGAAACAGCACAACAAGGGCAACGGUGUGCGCUUGGUGGCGGAUGUUGUAGAAGAUUCGCCGGGCGAGGUGCAGUUCUUACGACGCGGAGACGCAAGCUCGAGCGAGCUGAAAGGAACGAGCCACAUCGCUCGCACUGCGCAAGAGGCUGAGGAUGUAGCCAGUGCAAUGCUCAAGAAUCUCGUCUUGAGCCCCAAGCCGCCAUUCCUGCCCAAGUCCGUCGGCCAGCUGCUCGUGACGCCCGUCCAAGCUCCUCAUCCGAGCUCUCAGAGAUCAGGCCUAUCCAUGCAAAAUGCCAAGGUGGCUUUGCAGCCAGACGCGCGCAAAUACAGCGUCCUGUUGCACGCUGAUCGCGCCGUGCACUCGGUGGGACAUGAUGGCCGAACGCAGCUUGGACCUACUCUGCUCAUCAGACCAGGUGCUGCGAGCGAUGCCAGCCUCAUCGAGCUGCACAGACAUGGCGAUGACGAGGUGGUAGCAGUGCCAAUCGAUGUGCUGCCUUUGGCGAACAGGAAGCUCCCGCAGCCCACUCCACUGGGUGCUCAGGCGGCCUGCGCCUCAGAGAUCGACGCAUUGAUCCGCCAAGUGGGUAGCCGUGCGGCAGAGGAAGCCCUGACGCAAUUGUCAAAAGCAGCAGAUUUGGAGCAAACGCGACGUGAAAAGCUAGCGCAUUUCCUUCGCGAGCUGUUUGUGAUGUUCUGGAAGGGCGAUGCUGAAAGAAUUGCGGUCAAGCUUGCGAUCACUGCUGAUGGUAACGUCCAAUUGGACAGCGACGUGCCCACAGUCGGCAUCGAAGCUUCGUUCGACGAUUUCUCUCUUUUCCGUCAAUCUGAUCUGACCGAGAUGCGGUCCAAGAGUGGCGCACGAUGGUCAGCAAGCUCUCCAGGCGAGGCUAACAGCACCACGCCGCUUGAUGCGUCUUCUGCACGCGCACACGAGCUUCAUCCACUCGAGCGCAAGGCGGAGGAAGCUGGCAUGGUGUACAGAAAGCAUCAGGGACACAUUGGCUUGUUCGGAUACGGCGCUGGGAUGGGCAUGGGCACCUUUGAUGGAAUUCGAGUUGCUGGUGGCGAGGUGAGUUGGAAUACCGUGCGUCCCACCCUAGUCUCGUAAAAGAACCAACCUGAUGCACGCUCCGCCACCUCCCACCGAUGUACAGCCGGCAAACUUUGUGAGUCGUGUGCUCGAGUUGGUGUGCUUCCGUCAUUGAAUCCUGCGAAUUCUCCUUGACCCCUUGCUUAAUGGUCUGCGCACAGUUCGACGGAGGCGGCGGCGCAAGCGCUGAAAAUGCUCGGGCUGCUAUGGAGAUCUUGAGUAUGGACCCCGAUGUCCAUGUCAUCUUUGUCAACAGUGAGUGUUAGAGGCAUGCUCUCUUCGCAUAUUCGCUGCGAGAUUCUCGGCAGGCUUACCACUUCUUCAUCCUGCUUGACCUGAUCAGUCUUUGGCGGCAUUACGCGAACAGACCUUGUUGCCGAGGGCAUCAUUCGCGCAUACACUGAGCUGGGCCUGAAGCAUAUACCUCUGGUUGUGCGUUUCCGCGGCAACAUGGCUGAAGAGGCCAAGCAAAAGCUUCGGGACGCGUCGGACAGUGUACCAGCCAAGCUGUUCGAUGACUUUGCCCAAGCUGCGGAAGAAGCCGUCAAUUUAGCUCGCAAAAGGCGUGGGCCUUCAGCGUCGAUCGUCAAUGGCGCCGUAGACCAGCGGCGGUCGUUUUCAACGGCUGCAAGCGGUCUGGCUACGAGGACGUCUGGGCUGGCGCGCACACGCGCAAUCGCUCAGCAUCUGUGCGCGCCCCCUUUCUCGAGCGCCAAGCGGUCGUUCACCACGUCAAGCACAGCCAAAGUCGAAACACACCCUCGUGGAAGUUUUGAGUUCUUGACGGGAUACGCUUUUGCGGGCAAGCCGCGUGGGCCCUCGAGCAGCGAAGGGGAGGGCCAAGAGCAAGGUUCGAAAUCCGGCGAGGCCGACAAGGCGGCAGCCGCAUCUUCUGCAUCCGCACCUCGUCUUCCUCAACAGGGAUUUGUAUCUGAUUCCGAUGUUGGUAGAUGGAGAGAUGCAAUGUUGACAGGAGGGGAAGCCGGUGAAGAUAGCUUGACUUGCUCAAAUAUGGGCUCCGAAGGUGGUACAUCGGACUCUGGUGGCCUUGGUCUUGGCACUCGUGCUGGAGAUGUCUUGCUCGGUGUUGCUGAUGGUGUUGGUGGAUGGUCAGAGAAUGGCGUAGAUCCUGCUCUUUUCAGGUGAGUAUGCAUCGUAGGCAGCGAGGGUCGUCGAGUUGAAGCGCAUAUCCUGAGAUCUUUACUCUUCGGUCACAGCCAAUCGUUGAUGUAUUACGCUACGCAAUACGCCUCCGAGGUGUUGGCAUGUCCAAACCGAUCGCGGCACUCGGUAUCUUCCUCACCUAGUGAAAGUGAAAGUGAAAGUGAAAGUGAAAGUGAAAGUGAAAGUGAAAGUGGACCUUCCACGCCUGCCACCUCACCAGGCUCAGAUGGGGGACUAGGGCACGCCGGAUCGCCCCUGUCGAUUCUUUCCCAUGCAUACUCCAAGACACUUAAGGAUGCCCGCGUCCCUGCGGGCAGCUCGACAGCCACCAUUGUGACGUUGGAUUCUCAUCGGGGUGUCCUUCGUGCGGCCAAUUUGGGAGAUUCAGGCUUUCUUGUGCUCAGAUCAUCCCCUAUCAGCAGCACAAUCAAGGACGCUUCCGGACAGACAAGUAUGCAGCAAGUUGUGCGGAAGCAAUGGGGAUCAGGAACGUCUGGUCUGCCAGUAGUCGAUGGCGUGCUCUACGCUUCUGCACCGCUGCAGCACGGCUUCAAUACGCCGUACCAGCUCGCCAAACUUCCCCCCGCUUUGAGACAGGAAGGCUCCAUCGACAGCUCGCCAAAAGAUGCUUCGCUUGUAGAAGGCCAACUCCGAGGCGGAGAUCUGAUUCUGCUUGGAACGGAUGGGUAUUUCGACAACGUCUCGCUGGUCGAGACUGCUCAGCUCGUCAACUUUGUUCGCGACAAGCAUCACCAGAGUUGGAGUGCCAGACAUCCUCCCCCGGCAACGAUGGAUCAAGCUAGCGCCGUUCCCGACAGUCAGGUCAAGUCUAGCAGCGCAGACGCACCGCAAGACGAGCUUGCUGAGGAGAGGGAGAUGGUACAGACGGUCGCACACAAGUCAGUACCAGCGCUGCAGACCCGAAACUUGGUCGACGUUACUUACCCCGCCACCCCUGAUCUUUUUUGUCUCCAGUCUCGUGCAAUUUGCGGUGAGCAGAAACUUGCAAAGCAGCCAGAUGAUGGUCGAGUGAUACUGACUUUUAAAUCACUACUUCACCCUUCAGAUCAUGUGCAUGAACUCUACUCAAAAGCAAUCCCCUUUCGAGCGUGAAGCAGCAAGGCACGGCAUCCGGUAUCCAGGCGGUAAAGUGGACGGUGAGUAAUGCCAGGCGGGGUCGACCCCACACUAGUCGUGCGACGACCGAGUAAGCGCUGUCUCCUUGUCUGACUUGCGUCAAUUUCGUCCUGUAAACUGUCAGAUGUCGCGCUUGUUGCUGCCCUCGUCGUAGAGCGCUGA